AUGAGGCAAAUUUUUAAGGGAGUGGACCUCCACCCUAAGAACAACAACUUCCUCCACCACACCAGUGAGAUCUCUGUGGAUCAGCUGAUCGUGAGGCGAGGUCAGCCCUUCAAACUGACCCUGAAUGUGGCGCAGCCUUUCGGCCCUAAACUGCAGCAGCUGCACAUCACUGCAAAGACAGGUGACUGGGUGUAUCUGAAGGAUGAGAGUGAGAUAAAGGAGUAUGUGAUGAAUGAACAAGGAGUCAUCUACAAAGGUAGUCAAAGACAUAUCUGCCCUGGAGCCUGGGACUUUGGACAGUUUGAGGACAACAUGGUGGAAAUUAGUUUAUUGAUUUUGGACCUUAACCUCAAACACGAGAAAGACCCUGCUGACGAUGUCUCCGCUCGCUGUAACCCCAUCUACGUCAGCCGCGUGGUCAGCGCCAUGACAGAGGGUGAAAAGAGGAACUACCACGUGUGGGUGGAGGCGUGGAUGAGGCGCCCUGAUCUUUCAGAGGACGGAGCAUUUGACGGUUGGCAGGUUGUGGAUCCAACACCACAGGAGAAGAGCGACGGUAUUUUCUGCUGUGGUCCCGCCCCGGUGAAAGCCAUCCUAAAAGGAGAGACAAACCUUAAAUAUGACAUCCCAUUUGUCUUCGCCGAGGUCAACGCCGACUGCAUUGACUGGCUGGUUAAGGCUGAUGGCUCCAAAUUGAAUAUUUUCUCUGACACUGCAAGGGUGGGUCACAAUAUCUCCACCAAGUCUGUCGGCUCCAAGAAGAGGUUGAACAUCACCGACAGUUACAAAUACAGAGAGGGAACAGAGAAGGAGAGGGAGGUCUUUCGUUACGCCCAAUCCAACAUGCAUGGUGAUGAGGAUGAGGAUGAGGAUGAGAUUGAGGAGGGAGAGGACGAUGAUGAGACGGAGGACAACGUGGCUGUGGAAGAGACAGAUGACGCUAUCCCGAGUGAUGAGGAGGAAGAUGAUGAGAGUGAAGAGGAGGAGGAGCAAGAAGCUGGGAAUGAGACCCCAGAGGGUACAGAUGCAGAAACACCGACCAGCAUACCUCCCCCUCCGCCUGUGACCAUGCAGUUUGAAGAGGUGAGCCCACCGAGGAACGGUAAGGAUGUGAGGCUGAAGCUGUUGCUGCGCAGUGAGAGCAGCUCCGUCAGAUCCCUCUCCAUCAACAUCAGCGUCCAGGCGAUGACCUACGACGGCUUCCUGGCCGCGAACAUCCAGACCGAGGUGAAGGACAAGAUACUGCUGCCCGGGAAAGAUUUGCGUGUCCGGAUCCGAGUCCCAUUCUCGGCCUACCAUAAGCCCAUGUUGGACUGUGACAGCUUGAAGGUUUCAGCCUUGGUGACGGACAAAGAGAGGCCCGACAACAUGUACCUGGCUGUGGACGACGUUGUGCUGAUCGACCCCCCCAUCUCCCUCAAGGUGAAAGGUUCUGCCAAAGUGAACCGUGCCACGAGAGGAGAGAUGAUCUUCAUGAACCCCAUGGUCACAGAGACGCUCACCAACUGCACUCUGACCUUCUCUGGGAGUGGACUGAUGAAGGAAGAGGUGGAAGUCAAGCUUCCAGACAUAAAGCCAAACAACCGUCUUCGUGUCAACUUCUCCUUCAUUCCCUACAAGUGCGGUAAGAGGACUCUGGUGGCCGACUUCGACUGCUCCACCUUCAGAGACAUCAAGGCCAGCUGCACCGUCAACGUCCAGCCUUCUAGAUUUUAAACUCUUUAUGAUGUGUUUUCGCUUUGGCUUUAGGGAUCUUCAAAAGUACAACUAUCAACUGUGAAUUUACGUUCACAUGUUAUCUUGCUACUUUCAUGGCGUCAUUUACACUGAGGACGCUGGGGACACGUCUCCACCACUUUUGGACAUGGCAGAAGUUUUCCCCACCACUUUGCAUUAGUACAACUUGUUGAAAAUGUUCUGAAAAUAAAUAAUACAAAUUGUAAUAAUAAUAAUAAUACAAAUAAAGUGUAGAAAGAA